AUGAAUAUAAAAGAUUUGCUACACAAUGAAAUUAUCAUAAUAAAAAUAACCGAAUUUUUGACCAUACUGGAAAUUCAAAAUUUAAUAAUUUCGCUGAGAAUUAAUGUUAAGACGAAUUUGUACUUUAUGAAUGAAUGCCUGUCCAUAUUGAUGGACAAGGUAUACACGGGGGAGGACGAGGAAGAAGACGUGAAGGAAAAUUCAGGAGUAAGAGACAAUGUCGAAAGAAAUGCUCUACAGCUACCCCCCUCUUCAACUAUAGUUAUAUCGAAUCUAACUGCGAACCAAAAUGAUCAGCAUAGCCUCUUCGACGAGAAUGAGACAUCUGAGAGAAAUUCCAAUUCAACUAGCACCGCUGUACAUAAUGAGCUCUACCAGAAUGGAGAAAUAAUCGAUUUGGUAACCUACGAAGAAGAGCGCGUGAAUAAUUUGGCGGAGCGCCCACUGGAGGAAGGAAUAAAGCGAAAGACAAAAUCAAAAAAAAAAAAAUAUAAAAAUUUCUACGAAAAGAACGUAAAAAAAGUGGUGAUCAUGCGAACAAUUAGAGAAUACUUGAAUAUCCAUUUUUACUCGAAAAGGAAGAGACAGCUACUACAAAACACAAACUCCACAAAUGAAGGAAAGAGACAGUUCAGAAAAAUUUGGCUGUAUAUACAUCUCUACCACGAAAUAAUAGAUUUGAAAAAAAAAUUCAGAAAUGGAUUUUUAAAAAUAAAAAAUAAUCAAAUGGUACAUAAAAAUAGGACCAAACGGUUUGAACCUUUUCAGCUUUUCAAAAUUAAUGGAAAUUUUUAUUCCAUUUUUGAUGCCCCUUGGGUUUCUGUAUAUUUCCAGCUCUGCUUAAAUGCCAUUUGCAUAUUUUGUCAACAGAAAGUUGAUAGGAAUUCCUUAUGUAUAUUUUCAGAGAAAAUUAAUUUAACUGUGUCAAAUAAAUUGCUUCUAAAUUAUUUUAAUCAUAUUAUAAAAUCCGGAGAGAGUAACUUACACGUAAACAAGGAGAAUAGUAGUACACAGGCCAUUACAGAUAACCCCCUUGAGGGAGGAACUGGUGAAUUUGGAGGACACCCACAAAAAAGGAAAAAAACAUCUGUCGAUUCGAUCGAGGAUUGCUACAAACUCGAUUGUGCGUCUCACUAUGGUGAACAUGGUGGUGAUGAUUCGGACAAGGAUAUGAGCAAGGAGGAUAACGAAGACACCCGUUCGUCGCGUGAAAGUGUUGACAACCUUCCGCUGGAGGAGAAGAGCAAUAUCAUUUCGAUGAAAAACGUCAAGGGAUCCAUGAUAGGAGGUCAUAACGAUUCAUUCUCCCUGUGCGAUGCGAACGAUUCCAUCUCCAUGGAAGACAAGGAAGAUUCCAUUAUCCUCAGAGACAUGGAUGGUCGCCUCUCCCUCAGAGACACGAACGAUAGCACCUCGUGUGGGGAAGGGAGCACGUUCGGUGGCUUUUCAUGGCAGAGUACGAACGAUGACGCACCGUUCCAGCACGAGAAUGCAGAACGCAUUCAAAUCAGAGAAGAAUUCCUAGCCGUAAGAAAAACGCACAUUUUCUGCGAUGAUUGUUCAAGAAUCCUGGAGUACAGAAUGAACAUCAUGUCCAUUUUUGAAGCGUUGAAAAAGGAUUACGAAUUGUUACAAAAAUUGAAAAUUAUGACCAAGACAUUUAAGAUGCCCAAGCAUCUUUUUUGCAUGUGUAAUUAUUUUUUUUUUAAGGACAAAUAUAUUUUGUACUUUAAAAAAGUUUCAAGUAAUUUGCAAAGUCUGAGAAGAAUAUUAAGAAAAAAAUUAAUAGACAACUUUAUAUUCACUUUUAAGUUAAAUUUCUACAAAUUUGUAAUUCGAACACUGCUAACAUGUGAUGACAAGGAAGUUUAUCGUAACGAAGACAUUUUCCUUUUUGGAUUUUACAUCAAGUAUAGGAAUUUACUUAGUAUGUUUAACAGCCCCAGGAUUAUUUAUAUGUACUACUCCUUCCAUGUCAUUUUGGAAAAAAUAAAAAAGCUGCAGAUUCUUUUUAGUCAUAAGCAUUUCUUAAAGUUAACCCAUGCUCUACACUUUGACGUUAUCGCAAUAAUAGAGAAGCUCAAAAGAUCUGAUGCCAAGAGGAUUUACAGGGACAUUUCCAAAUACAUAUAUGACAAUGUGAAUGAGGACAUGUUAUCCAGGAGCACCUACGAGGAACUCUACGUUUACUUUUUCCAGUGCGUGAAGAAUUACAAAUUUGUCUAG